AUUCGACCGGUCGGCGUCCAAUAAACGCGCGGCUCUCGUCCAUUCCAAGCCCAUCGACAGAUAAGCCGCGAACGGGUCGCGGCGCGUAGUGCACUCGGCAUGUCGAGUUGCGGCGUGUGCGACGUGAAUCCGCGACGCCCCGGCUGGUCGCGGCACGCGUCCAAAAUCGCCGACCCGGCGACGCGUCGCCCCAAGCACGUCGCGAUCCUGCCGCGACGGCGGGCCAUUUUGCGCAGUACCCGUGACCCAGAUUACGAUGGGGGUUCGCUCGUCUCUUGGAACAGCUGUUGGCUCCGACGAGACGUCCGCGCCGCGCGGCGAGGGGAGGCGCGCCUACUCGAGCUCGCCGAGCAUGCGCGCGCCAAGAGGCGGCUUGACGCAACAAUGGCGGCCCAGGGCCGUAGUCGACGCUCAUGUUUUUUUUUUUUUUUUAGAUACCCGUUUUAGGCGCGGAAAUCAAUUGCUUUCCAAGGGAGAUCGCGCGAGUCUCGGGGUGUCUUAUUUCGAGGCACGAAAAACAGGUCGAUUCUAUAUUUUGACAGGUUCACUUCGACAGCGAAGAAACGUUCCUCCGGUUAAAAAUAUCCUCGCGUCAAAAAAUAAGAAACAAUCAGCCGAUGGAGCAUGAAAUAUUUAUUUAUAUUAUUUCCGCUGCGCGCAAUGUCAAAAUAAAUCCCGCGCACCUGCGACAAACAAAAUCGUCGGGAGACUUUUUUUCGAUUCGUUCGCGGCGCGAAACGGGCACUCGCGGGCAGUGGAGAGCAGCGCCCGAGUGGUUGGUAACAGCGACGCCGCGCCGCUAGCGGCGCAAGACGCUCCUGCGCAGCAUCACCCCCACUCUCGGGCGCCGCCUCCCACCACUCCGGCCGUCACCGCCGCUGUCGCCGUUCGUCGUCGUCGUCGUUCGUCCCGUCCCGCUGCGCGCGGCCAGUCGGUUCCUUGUUUGCCAUCACACACGAAAUCCAAUAGUUUGCCUUGUACUGUGGCGAGGGAGUGCGGAUGCGCGGUUCGGCGAUUUCGCGUUAUACGUCGCGUCGACUUGCGUGCGAGAAGAAGCGGAGGAAAAGAAGUCGCGGCGGUGAGUGAAUUCGCGGAGUCCGGAGUAAACGAGAGAGAGAGAAGGCACCCGGUGCGAUAAUGCGCGCCCCGUGCCCGCGCCUAAGAUGCACAUUAGCCCGCGUUUGUUGUUUACCCACACGACGAGAUUCCGCCGAUUCCGCUGAGAAGUGAUCUCCCGCGCGAGACGAAUUCCUGUCCGCGGACGACCGGCCCGUUAAGGCGUUCGUUCAUUUUUUUCGUCGGUGAAAAGACCGUGGAAUCGCGAGGGAGAAAGAGAGAGAGAGAGAGAGGACACGCAUAAAAAUUGCGCCAAGGGGCGGAGGGGGUGGAGAGGAGGAGGAGGAUCCGAGUGUAUGUGGAGAAAGAGAGAAGGAGAGCGGGAGAAGAAAGAAGGAAAGACAGACGGAGAGGGAGCGCGAACGCGAACGGAAGAGGAAUAGAGAGAGAGAGAGGUGGAAACGGUGCGUGCGGGAGACGGAGAAAGAGAGCUUUUGUGGUGCGUAAGGGUCGAUUAUACGCCGUCGAGCCGUCGAGAGAGAGGCUCGAGGGAUCCCGCCGACCUCGCGGCGAGGGUGCGCGGCGAGGCUCCUUUUAGCGCUGGCGGACCAACAGUGGCCGCACGCGGCGCGAACAUUGCGUUACUCGUCGUGAGCGGAGGCCGCGUUAUGUAUUUACGUAGAACAUUGCGUAACGUACAAGGGGCCGGCUAAGUGUGUGCAUGUGUGUGUUUGGGAAAAGGCGCGCGACGAGGGAAGGAAGAGAAGAAAAUUGACCGAAAAAGAAGAAGAAAAAAAAAAAAAAGAUAUCUUCGCUCUUUUCGCGACACGUACAUUUCCGCGGUUUCGGCUGCUGCGUGCCCCCUCCCCUUCCUCCCUUCUCUCCCCCCUCCCCACCCCCGGUUUUAGGUGGACGGUGGUAGUACGGGCUCUACGUACGGAGAGUGUGCGGAGAGUUUUGGUUGACUGUACCGGCGCAAGUUUCGCGCGUGCAUACGCAGCAGGAAUCCAAGCAACCCGGCCGCCGCCGCCGACGCGGAUCGAAAGUUUCGGGGGAGCUAGAAGAGGAGAACUCGGCCGACGCCAGUGUGCGGCUACUCGACUCGACUCGACUCGACGCCGAGACCCGUAUAUUCGUGCCCGUUUGUACGUCGUCGCGCUUCUGCUGCGACGAAACUACGUGGGAGAUAUAGGGACGCAGAACGUUUUCUCAGAUGGAAAUUGCACUUCCAAUGUGAUUUGCAAUGAAACGUAUUCGUGGACUAGAAGACGUAGCAUCACCACCAGCAAGGCACUCAUCGGUGAGUGCGGGAAGUGGCUUAGGUGGUGGAGGAGGUAGCUUAGAGUACCAUGCAAGCAGUGGGAUAGGUGUUGUCGUACCUGGUCAAGCAGUUCGAUCUGUUGCUUCGAAAGAAAUGCCAGGGAGUAUACAAUUUGGUACUGCCCAGGCUCAGCAGCAAUAUACCGGUGCAAUUGUUGUGCCAACAGCAGCACCAUCUCCUAUCAAACAGGCAAGUGGUUCUGCGGGAGGACUUAGUUCUACAUGUAGCGGUAGCAACAUAAAUACUAGUGGUGGUUUGAACAGUGGACUAGGUAGUGGCAAUAGUCACGCCAUGGCUUCCCAACCACCAACAUCAGGAUCGCAAAAUCAAGUACAUACACAACAGCAAUCAACAAUAAGGCAUAAGGUGCAUACUGGUAAUAUAACACCACUGGCUUCCACUCCACCUGGCUCCAAUCAAGGAGGAGGAGGAGGAGGAGGAGGAGGUAGUGGAGGAUCUCAGUUUCAGAGAUUAAAAGUGGAAGAUGCGCUAUCUUACCUAGAUCAAGUCAAAUAUAAAUUCAGCGAUCAACCACAGGUGUACAAUGAUUUUUUGGAUAUCAUGAAGGAAUUUAAAUCUCAAAGUAUAGAUACUCCGGGCGUUAUAACCCGAGUGAGUCAUCUGUUCAAAGGACAUCCCGAGCUUAUUGUUGGUUUCAACACAUUUCUCCCACCAGGCUAUAAAAUAGAAGUACAAGCAAAUGAACAAGGAUAUGCUUUCCAAGUGUCCGUCAGUAUGCCAAGUCCAACAGCAACGCACACAGCUACACUAUCGCAACAUCACUGUACAGUUAAUGUUGGUUCACCUCCUGUAGCUAGCCCACCUACGCAGCCUGCAAAAGCACCUCCAGUUUUACAAAUAAUGCAAGGGUCGGGCAAUAUUCACCAUACUUUAGCAAACAGUAUUACAACUAAUAGUUUAACUGUUCACGCGCCUUCACCACCGCCGGUUCCAGUGUAUAAUAAUUCGCACGUUAGCACCGCGCAAGCGCAAGCUGUCAGUCAAGCUUUAAGUCAAGCUGAUGGUGUAUCUACUGGCGGGCAAACGCAACAAAGUCAGCCAGUAGAAUUCAAUCAUGCGAUAAACUAUGUUAAUAAAAUUAAGAAUCGCUUCCAAGGUCAACCAGACAAAUAUAAACGUUUCUUAGAGAUAUUGCAUACGUAUCAAAAAGAACAGAGAAAUUUAAAAGAAUCUGGACAUAUGGGAGGUACGAGUUCUGGUGCUACAGGUGGAGCAAAACAUUUAACAGAAGCGGAAGUUUACAGCCAAGUGGCUAAAUUAUUCGAAAAUCAAGAAGACUUGCUUGCUGAGUUUGGACAAUUUUUGCCAGAUGCUACUAAUCAGCAAAGUUCGUUGACUAACAAAACAACAUCGAUUAACGAUCAUACGGCGAUUGUUAAGAAACCAAUUGGGCUCAAAACACCUUACAACAAUUCUGGAACUAUUUCGAGAGAUCUUCGAGAAUCCGGCAGCACGGCCGGAUUGGAACGCGAUAGUCGAGAUCAUAGAGAACGGGAACGAGAACGAGAUAGAUCAAACGUACGAGACAUCAAUAGCGGGCAGAAAUUUGGGCACAGCACCGGACAGUUGAAGAGGAGUCCAUCGUUCUCAACUUCGGCAACAGCCGGAAAUUCUCAUCACGUGCAACACGGGCCGCCCCCUUUGAAGAAACCCAAAGUUACUUCGAUGCGCGACGUUACUAUAGCGGAAGCUGGCAAAUAUGGUACUCUCAACGACUAUGCUUUCUUUGACAAGGUUCGAAAAUCGCUUAGAUCGCAAGAUGUUUACGAAAAUUUCCUUCGAUGUCUUGUGCUUUUCAAUCAAGAAAUAGUAUCGAAAUCGGAACUCGUUCUAUUGGUGACACCGUUCCUCGGCCGUUACCCCGAACUCUUGCGUUGGUUCAAAGAUUUCCUCGGUUAUUUACCCGCUGAUUCGUCCGCCACUAUGACAACAAACUUGGGUAAUGCAGUAGGAGUGGAGACUUUCCCAAACAGUGUUGUACGGAGCCAUCAGGAACGACCGCAAAACGACUUGGCGAUAGAAAUCGAUUACGCAGCGUGCAAACGAUUAGGAGCGUCGUAUUGUGCAUUGCCAAAAUCGUAUAUUCAACCAAAAUGUGGCGGCAGAACGCAAUUAUGUAAGGAAGUUCUCAACGAUACUUGGGUCUCGUUCCCAACUUGGUCAGAAGACAGCACAUUUGUAACAUCAAGGAAAACUCAAUACGAGGAGUCCAUAUAUCGUUGCGAGGAUGAACGCUUCGAAUUGGACGUCGUAAUAGAAACCAAUGCAUCGACGAUCAGAGUACUCGAAGGCGUUCAUAAAAAAAUAAAUAGGAUGAGCCAAGAAGAAGCACAGAAAUAUAAACUUGACGAUUGUCUCGGUGGUUCUUCCCCGACGAUUCAUCAACGAGCGAUAAAGAGGAUAUACGGCGACAAAUCUCACGACAUCAUAGAGGGUCUGAAAAAGAAUCCUCAAAUAGCUGUGCCUAUUGUACUCCGCCGAUUAAAAGCUAAGGAGGAAGAAUGGCGGGAGGCGCAAAAGGGUUUCAAUAAAAUCUGGAGAGAACAGAACGAAAAAUAUUACUUAAAAUCCUUGGAUCACCAGGGGAUUAACUUUAAACAAAACGAUGUAAAAGCAUUAAGGUCUAAAAGUUUGUUCAAUGAAAUUGAAACAAUAUACGAUGAGAGACAUGAACAGGGUGAUGACGGUAACGGUGAUGGUCAAGGAAACAGUGGUCCGCAUCUCAUUCUACCGUACAAAGAUAAAUCUGUAUUAGACGAUGCUGCUAAUCUCUUAAUUCAUCAUGUUAAACGGCAAACUGGUAUCCAUAAAGAAGACAAGCAGCGGAUAAAACUUUUAUUGAAGCAUUUCAUACCCGAUCUCUUUUUCCAUACGCGACAAGAACUUAGUGAUGACGAAAGGGAUGAAGAUGAUGAAAAGGAAGAUAUAAAUGUGGCAACAACGUGUAACAAUUCCCAGUCUGCGACGACUACUUCGUUAAGUGGUCUGCAAGCUAAUAGGAGUAAGGCUCCCGUGUCGCCAAAUAUGUCUUCCACGUCCAUCAAAAAUGAACCCGAUAUCAAAGUACCUAUAUCCACUCUCUCGAGUGAUCCUCUUGAAGCAUAUACACUUUUCAUGGCCAGUAAUAAUUGGUACCUCUUUUUGAGGUUACAUCACAUACUUUGCGAGAGAUUAACGAAAUGCGAUAGAACAGCCGCUCUCAUCGAUGAAGAAUCAAAGUAUAAGCAGCAACGCAAGGAAAGUACAGCGAUUGCUUUAAGAUUAAAACCAAAAGUAAAUGAAAUCGAAUUUAAAAAUUAUUAUAACACCUUUCUGGAUAUGGUCAAAAAUGUUCUCGAUGGAAAUAUGGAAAGCACAGCGUACGAGGACACGUUACGAGAAAUGUUUGGUAUACAUGCCUACAUUGCCUUUACUCUUGAUAAGAUCGUAACUUACGCUGUGAGACAAUUGCAGCACUUGGUCACAGAUACUAUAUGCCAGCAAUGCAUGGAAUUGUUCCAAAGAGAACAACGUCAACCUAAGGAAAACGGAAGUGGUGCCGGUGGGCCGUGCAUCGGGUCACACGUGAGAUUAAGUGCUGAAUUAUCAUAUCAACGUAAAGCGGAAAAGACAAUGGUGGAUGAAAAUUGUUUCAAAAUAUACAUAUUCCAAAAUGCCUGCAAAAUGACAGUGGAGUUGUUAGAUACAGAAGGCGACGAAACAGUGGAUAGUGGCUGUAGAGAGAGAGAAAGGGAAGGCGUUGCAGCCACUGAAAAAUGGUCGACGUACGUUGAGAGAUAUCCAGCUGGUCAGACUAGCCCAAAAGACACUCCUGCCUUAACAGAGAAUGAGCCGCCGACCAAUCAUCCUAUGGAUACUUGGAGUUUAUUAGGCAGAACUUCGGGACGAAAACCCAUCUUCCUUUGUCGCAACGUAAGGUCCUACCGAAAACACGCUGCGAAAUUAGCGAAGGAGAAACAGUUGCUUAACGCCAAUCAUCCGGAGAGAGUCACUGAGCCGAUCGACGCUCCCGACAUUAUCAAUUCCGACGAAACGCAAUGUAGAUUUAAUCCCAAUAGCUAUACCAUGUUUUUCAUUGUUCACAAGGAUAGGCUCCUUUACAAACAGAACUCCAUUAGCCGUGCGAGGAUGUCUCACGCAGCCGUAACGAAGCGUAUGGACUCGAAAUUCCAUCAUUGGCACUCAUCGUGGAUAUCGAAGAAUGGCACAGAGACCCAACAUCGAUUGUGCCAGGAUUGGCUGAUGGGACGAUACGAGAACUUGAUUCCUCAUAGGACACGAGUUGUAACGGAUAACGAUCAGACACGUUCCCCGUAUCGGCAAUACAAUCGUUUCAAAGUAGAACGCCUGCAAUCUGAUCUAUUGACGUCGGAACCGUGCGUCUAAUCUUACUCGACGGAAUUUCUUGCCAUCAUUUGAAAUUUCCCAAUAUCGCCACACUCGCAACAAUUAAUCUCGUAUCAGCGAAAGUUCUUUUUUUUUUGUUUUUUUUUCUUGCAGCUGCAUGCAUGCGCGGCGUUUGGAUACGAUUUUCAUUCGAAACGGAAAUUCUUAAAAUAUGAUUUUGUUUUAACGCGAGAAAGCUAGCAGAUUUUGUACAGACUGCACUCGAUAUUCGAAGAAAUUUUAGAUUAGCCGCCGGUUCGGGAAUUAUUAAUUUCAAGAAUGUAAUUGGUCAAUGACCGUCCAUAUGUUAUAUAUUAUAUAUCGUACUAUAUAUUUUUACACAAAGAAAAAAAGAGGUUUAUUCUUCACUGUACAGAUACGAUGCAUAUAAAACGACAUAAUAACAUACACUGAGUGAUACUAUCGCACUGAAUUCCCUGCAUUAAACAAUUUUUGUUGCAAUUAUUUUUAUUACGUUCUACGUGCUUCGCAAGAUUAAUCAAUUUACCGCAUUUGUUUGAUUAGGCAUAUGUUUGCAUCUAUAAAUAUAUAAAAAUAUGUUUAGAAUUAUAACGUAUACACUUGAAAAAUGUACAUAUAUACAUUUAUACGUGCAUUGUGUGUAUAUAUAUGUAUAUAUGUGUAUGUAUACGUAUUAUACAUGCAUACAGACACACGUGUAUAUACAAUAUAAAACAAGUAUAGAUUUGUACAAAGGAAACUUUAGAGUUUAUGUUCGAUUCGUCCUUCAGGCCGCAACGUAGAACCAUUAAAGAUAUAGAAGACGGUAAUGUUCCUGGACAGUGCGAUAGAGUCGAGUAUGCUGAAAAAUCAACGUAGCGUGGAAGGCUAAGACCGUGAAAAGUGUCAUUGACCUACCACGCGCGAUCAUACGACAAAAGUCUAAUUGUGUUAUGUCAGUUUUCUAGUGUAUAAUGUCACAAAUGCAAUAAAGUGCGACUUCUCGACAGCACAUUAUAAGAGCAUUAUAAUAAGGAACAAGAAACGCGCGUGUGUAUGUGUGUAUAAUUCGCAAAUAUCUUUGUGAGGCAUUGCACUUAUCAAUGGAAUGCUGAUGCGUUUCUAUGAGAAAAUAAUCGCUAUUAAACUUACUCCGCGUAAUCUUCACCACGUGUGCUUUUUUCUCAUUUUAAAUCAUAAAACAAACGAAGCUCGUGCGUAAUACGCAUUUAAUGAAUGAAAUAAUCACGCGUUUGUCACGCGAUAAACGAUCGAUCGGUCAAUAACGUCGAUGGCGGAUGCGACACUUCUCGGUCUCGGUCACACUUGUCGACUCUUACGGAGGCUUAAUCCGAAAUAAUGUAAAGUGAUAUUUGCGCCUGACACGAGCACAAAUCACAUUUUCUAGCCACACACGCGUCUAUAUAUAUAUGAUAAUUACAUAUAUUAUAAAGCGGAGUCUCACUCUCCCUGCUUCUACAAAUGUGUGUAUGUGACCUUUUACUCGAUUUUGAAAAAACUUAGAUUGAGAUAAGAAUGAGAUAAAAUUAGAUAUUUAAUUAUAACAUAAUGUAGUCGUACUAUACAUUAUACAUACCGUAAUUUGUAAUUCUAAUACACGAUACUGUGGUUGUA